GAAUUCGAGAAGGACACAGUCUAGUCUUACGUUUCGUUACGAUCGUAUCUCUUUAUCAAUCCAAACAGUUUAACUGUAACCAAUUUGUCUAACAAAUAGAAAUCUGCCUAGCAAUCAUGGUUAACUUUAAUCUUAAUUUUGAAAAACUUGAAAAGGACAUUGAGAAGUUCACGUCAGUCGAUGAACAUCUGCAACUAGCAGCUGAAUUGGGCAAAACACUCCUAGAGCGCAAUAAAGAACUGGAGACACUUCUGAAGGAGCACAAGCAUACCAUAGAGGAACAAGAGCAGGAAAUUGUGUAUUUGAAGAAACAUACGACAGCGUUGCGUGAAGUGAAUGAUUCCCGCCUCAAGGUCUACGAACAAUUGGAAGUCGGCAUACAGGAUUUGGAGCGUGCCAAUCAUCGUUUGCUCGUUGAGAAUACAGCCGAUAAGAAGCAUAUCAAAACGCUUUCACAUACGAUUGAGACUCUCGAGGCACGUUCCGAGGAACUGACGAAACAAUUGGAUGAUGUCCGUCAAGCGCUGACCGCAGAGAAACGUAAAAAUGAACGCCUUUUGGCGGAGAUGAGUAAAAUUGGCGGCGAUGCCAAUACGGUCAAGUUGAAGCCAACUCUGAACAGGGAUGCCGCGGAAAAUGAAACAAAAUCGCCUCAGCCGGGCUAUGACGCCAACACUACAGCGCCAGAAAAUUGUAGUUUUACAUUCCAAUCGCCUGCUGCCCGAAACUCGACGGGCAUCAGUGGCACUGAUGCAGAUAGCUCCUUCGAUCUGAGCAUGGUUGGUGGCCAAGAGGGCAAUGAUGAAAUUAUUAAGCUGGUUAGUGACUUUGAGGCGACCAAGAAAGCCUACCUGGCUGAACAGCAACGUUGUGGUGAAUUGGAGGAACAAUUAGUAGCCAUAAUUCAAGAAAAUCAAAAUCUCCAAACUCGUAUUGCUCAAACCAGUGCCACGGAGGAAAUGAAGUCAAUGCAUGACGAACUUUCCAUUUUAGAUGAAGUGCGGCAAGGACAAAUGUGCAGCCGCUGUCUUCGCUCGAUGGAUGACCGCGCCGUUGAUGAGCAGUCGUCACUGGCUCCCACAGAAGAAUGCGAGGAAGAUGAAGAGAAUAGCCUCCUGGACAUGGAGGGCAGCCGUGCUGGCGACAAUGCCAGCGAGCACUCACAGGCGGCCUACCGUUCCAGCAUGUCGAUCAAGGUUAUGCCUCAUCAUCCCGACUCUUUGGAUUUGCAUAUUCCCGGCAGUCCGAAUCCUUAUCGCGACUUGGUGGAGAAGUACGAGGCGCUGCUGGAGGUACAGCGAUCGUCGAUUGCACGUAAGAACACCAAUGGUGGCAUGUCUUUGGCCGAGGAGUUCCAGUCGUCCGGCGAGUUCAAUCAAACGCAGAAAUUGAUGUUGCAGGCAGCUCAAGCUGUGGCGUCGGACCACUGCAACACAUCGAACAACGGCGAUGCGGCCAGUAGCUGCAACGGAAGCAUGACAAACGAUGGCAAAAGCAAUACCAAAGCUGAUAAGAACCGCGGCCGGACUCCAACCGAAUUCUCUGAGGCCGAGACCUCCUCGUCGGGCUAUUCAGAUGAGACCAGCAACAAGGCCACGCAGACCGACGAAAGACCCGGCUACUUCCUGUGCUCCAUUGGUGAUGGCGAAGACUGCAAAUUCAGCAUCUAUGACGAUGCCAGUCCAAUUGAUUCUCGAUUCCGUAAUCGGCCAGAGUAUCGCGAAUUGUUUAAGGAAAUAUUCGCCGUGUUGAAGAAGGCGGCCGAGAACAAGGAGGAAGGUGAAAAACUGCCAUUGCUGGAUGAUACACACCCCGUGGGUGGAAACACAGCUCAAAAGGUCCCACCCGUGACUCCUGCCAACGAAGAACAUCCCGUGGACUUUGGAGAUGACAGCCAAAGCAUAAUUUCAUCGGCGGUAUCGGAACAGUCGUUUGCCAUGUCCGAAUGCAUCACCAAGUUGGAGCGUAAAACAGCCAAAAAGCACAUAAUCGAAAAGAAUCAGGAGAACAAGCCCCCACUAGCUGCAUCAAUUUCCCAACUGACUUCGCCAAAUGCCAAACAAAUCAUCGAAAACGGUCGCAUCCUGACACCACUUAAACGGGAGCCAUUGGAUUACCUCGCCGUGGGUGUUGGCAUCAAGAAGAAGAAUCGCAGAAAGAACCGCAACUUCUCGAGCGACCGCUCCGAAUCUCCCCUGGCCCUUCCCACACCACCUCGCAUCUUUGUAGCCAGCGGCAAGAAACGCAAGGAUGUCCGGCCCUACGUAGAAUCUCCCAUGGCGUCGAACACGAAUCUAAAUCAAACUCCACCCAGCAGCUCAAGGGGAUCGCGCAGUGCUCCCAAAUAUGAAUGGAAUGGCAACUCGAUGAUAAUCUACAAUCGAAGUCUUAGUGGCAGAGGAGGUCGUGAUGCCGAUGUAACCAGCAUUCCGUACCGACCAAGCACGGUUUCCCAAGAUUUGCACAAGCUCAAGAAACUGGAUUUGUCAUAUGCGGAGGUUUUGAGACGUGCCGAUGCCUGCAAGUCCCACAACCAGCAGCAGCAUUAUCAUCACCAGCAACAGUCACAGUCACAACGACGACGAAACCAUCGUCACUAAACCAAACAGAGUAAACGAGACAGCAACAGCAAUGCAAGAAUCCCCCCUUAAGUCUACAACCAUCCCCCACCCCAACCCAGUGUUAUCUACUGAAAAGUAAAUAAAUUAAGUAGGUGUCCCCGUUCACUCUUGCUCCGGCCCGAAAUGAUUGCAUCCGGAGCUUCCAUUCGAGGGUGCCCAUGCAUACCCCAUUUCUGUUGCUGGCGCCCAACUCAUCAUCUGCCAUUUAUUGUGAACCUAUCCCAAAUUAGGCUUACAAGGAUCAACUCAUUUGAUUUAAAUUUAGUUUUUAAUUUGUUUCCGAAACAAGAAUGUCCUUUGCGUUUUUUAAAAACCCCUCACCCCUUUUAGCCUUCUCCGACCAUCCUCUUUGUUUUAUUCUCCUUUUAUUAUUAUUAUUUUAAACUAAGUCUAGAUUAUUGCUUUUAAGCCGUACAUGCGCAUGUCCUUUCCCUGUAUCCUUUCUGAAAUUCUGAAAUAAUUAUGAAAAGCCGGCGAUGCGUGAAGAGGCAUUGAGAACUUGUGGGCUCAGCGCACAACCCCCUACUCCGCAUUAUUAACAUAAAAGAUUUAUUUUAAAUUAUAUUUUAUUUGUAUUUUGUAAAUAUUAAAAACAACCAAUCAAAGAAAAAGGAGAAAAAAAUUAACAUUGAAUCGACGUGGAUAGUUAAAACACCACUCUCAUUCCUGCAGCUCUACUGUCCUUCCUCUCCAUCCACGGAUUCAAUGAGUGAACUCGGUUCGAUUCGAUUCAACAAAUUUAGCCAUAGUUAAAGAAAAUAGUCGACAAAUAAAUUCAACUAAAACUUAAGAAAAUGAUUUUCUACGGAACUUUUAAAUUGACGUUAAUUUAUUUUCUCUCCGAAUGAGACACCCUGAAAACGGCGGACAACUUACUCUCCCCAAGUUGUGACUGGGGCAGAGGCUACUACGAAAAUGCGCAUAAUGAAAAUUAUGGACAGUUUAUAUUCCAAAUAAAAAUAAAACCAUAAGACAUGAACAAAUAUGAAUUAAUUAGAUAAUAUAAAA